AGCGUCGAUUCAAUGUGAGUCAGGGUUCGGAAAAUGGAUACCGAAUUUCUUCUCUGUCAUUCGAGUUCCGAGUCAUGCGAUUUCAUGCCGGGCCUGUGCAGUCUCGGGCUAUUCGCAGCCACUUACCCGUCCCGCUUCCCUCCCCCCAGCCACAAUCAUAUCGACAUUUAGACCAAGGAAGAUGCCGGUGAAUACAAGAAGCGGCAAGCCUGGGCUUUCCAGAUUCCUUGAAACCAACCUCGUUGGACCUUGGCGCCCUCGCCAGAUGGUGUCACCGCCACAUAUUUCGCACUUGGGUAUUUACAGAAGACAGACGGCGCUUCCGGUGCCAUCCCAGCACCUAGCAUCUGGGACUCACACUGCGGAUCACGAACCGCAUCCUGAGAUGGAUUUCACCGAGAAAGCUUGCGCCAAGUAUCUUGGGAAGUGCUGGACUGGCUACAUCAACGGCGGCACUUACAACGAUCCCUGCAAGUCAACGUCAGUCAUUAAUACCACUCAUACACCAACUGCGGGGAACAAAAUUCUACCUAUGAAGUGCACUAAGUAUCAUCUACGGUACCACUCUUGGCCUCAUGACAAGCCAGCGCUGCAAAUUUUUGCACGCGAUCAUGCCUUCUCAACGCUGGCCACACAGCCCUUUGGUGAUUUGAUGAAGGUCCAGCUACUCAGUCGGCUUGGAUAUCGAAAUGAAACAACUUCAAUAGCGAGAUGAGCCAGUCGAGGCAUUGUGGACCUGAAACGCGGGGAUUCGAAAAGGUAAUUAUGCGGGCAUCCGUUUUGUCCCAUGGGGAGAGCAUGCUCAUACAAGUGUCAUCUCUUUCUGUUCCCCAGCGCUCGCCACUUGCCCAACUUCAACUAAUUCUUGCCAUGCUUCGUACCACAUGGCCUUGGGCAGCGGUAAUUGUUCUCGCGCCCAAACGGAUAACGCACUAGAACUGUAGGGGCCGGCACUACCCCAGAUUGACCGAGUAUUUCUCGGGUCUUACUGGGUA